UUGCGCACGCGCAGAGUGAACUGGGAAACAAGGUGAAGAUGGCGGGCGCCCGGGCGGCGGCUCUGGGCGUCCGGUGGCUGCGAGGCGCAGCUCGGCAGGCGGUGCCGUUGGGGGCACGCACAGCCUCCCACAUGACCAAGGACAUGCUGCCGGGCCCCUAUCCUAGGACCCCAGAGGAACGGGCGGCCGCCGCCAGGAAGUAUAAUCUGCGUGUGGAAGACUACGAGCCGUACCCGGACGAAGGCAUGGGGUAUGGCGACUACCCGAAGCUUCCUGACCGCUCACAACAUGAGAGGGAUCCGUGGUAUGAAUGGGACCACCCAGACCUGAGGUUGAACUGGGGUGAACCGAUUCACUGGCACCUAGACAUGUUUAUCCGGAACCGUGUGGACACAUCUCCCACACCUGUGUCUUGGCACAUCAUGCGUAACCAUCUCUUCGGCUUCGUGGCCUUCAUGAUUUUCAUGUUCUGGGUAGGGGAGAUAUAUCCCAGCUACCAGCCUGUGGGGCCGAAGCAGUACCCUUAUAAUAAUCUGUACCUGGAACGAGGCGGUGAUCCCACCAAAGAACCUGAGCCUGUGGUUCACUAUGAGAUCUGAGGUGUUUUGGACUCUUGAGCCCUCUAACAAGGACUCCUCAUUUCUAGAGACUUAACCUUCAUGAAACGCCUAAUAAAACUUAGUGCUCUGG